UUAUCAUUACCUGUCUUAGCCGGUAAACUUAUUCUGCCGGCUCUAAAUUUGGCUGUAUUCUGGGAACCGUUAUAUGAAAAUAUAUCGCAAUCAGAAGGUAAUUUAUUAAGUUUGAACUUUUUAGAGAACCUCAGAGGCUAUACGCCAAAAUAUUUUGGUUGUAGUUUAGAAAUUUUAACCUUUCCUUUAUGUACAACGGUUAGAUCAAUUCAUACUGAUAAUAAUAGUAAGAAUUUAAAUAAAUCUCUCUUUAGUUAUUAUCUUACCGGGCUUAUUGAGGGUGAUGGUACAAUAAUUUCACCAAAAACUUUAAGAUCCCCUAAAGGUAAGUUAAAUUAUCCUUCUAUACAAAUAGUUUUUCAUUUAAAAGAUUUACCUUUAGCUUUACUUAUUCAAAAAGAAUUAGGUGUAGGUUCAUUAUCUAGAAAAAAAGGGGUAGAUGCUUAUAUAUUAACUAUAAAUAGUUAUGAAGGUAUUUUAUUCGUUAUUUCAUUAAUAAAUGGAAAAAUGAGAACACCUAAAAUAUAUAGUCUUAAUGAAUUAAUAGAUUUUUUAAAUAAAACUAAAGGAACCAGUAUUGAAAAAUAUUCUGUAUCUAUAGAGCCUUUACAUUCCAAUCCAUGGCUGUCAGGGUUUAUAGAAGCAGACGCUUCUUUUCAAGUAAGAACUACUCUUUCAGGUAAAUAUCCUAAACUUGAAUGUAAAUUAGAAAUAUCUCAAAGACGAGAAGAUCACAAAGGAUAUGAUAAUUUAGAAUUUUUAAGUUAUAUUGCUGAGUUUUUAGAAACGGAAGUAAAAAAAAUAAGAUCGGAUAAACCAAAACCUGAGUAUAGAGUUAGAACUACUAACCUUAAAGGUAAUAUUAAUGCUAAAAAUUAUCUUUUACAAUUUCCUCUAUUUGGAACUAAACAUUUAGAUUCCUUAGAUUGA